UCCAGCGCGCAUCAACAUGGCCUCCUCAACGAAAUUGCUCCUCUGCACCGCCUUGCUGGCCAUCAUGGUCGCCAACAGCUCGGCGGGUCUCCUGGACUCCCUCGUGCCCAAAGCCAUUACGGACUUCUACAGCGGAGCUUCCAGCCAGGAGGGAUACCGCUUCGCCGUCAAUGAGCCCAAUGGCAGCUCUCGGGAGGAGGUCGGUAUGAUCCUGAACCCCGGCACCGAUAAGGAGGAGCUGGUGGUGAUGGGUAUGUACACCGUGUACGAUGAGAAGACUGAUACCGAGACCACGACCAUGUACACCGCCGACAAGGAUGGUUACAAGGCGCGUUACCAGACCAAGAACCGCAAGCUGAGCCCCGGAGCCCUGAAGUCCGCUGCCGGAUAAGGGGAAUCCAGCUGCCUUUCAGUUGUAAAUAGAAGAAUAAUAAA